AUGUGUGAUGAAGUUAUUGCUAAAAAUCCUACAAGCUUUACAGAAGCUUACAGAAUUGUACACGAACUGGAAGCAACACAUCACAUAACAAAUGAAGUGAAACUUACUGCUCCUUUGGUAGAGUCCGUGAACAAGUUAGGCUACACAGCACCUCAGACCAGGCGCGACCAUAAGCCGUCCAUUCACAAAUCAAUGCUGGAUGACCGAGCUCCACAACGAAGCACACAAGGAGCGAUUGAAAACGGAAAAUCCUAUUGUAAUGGAUGUGGAGGUUCCCAUUUACGCAGUCAAUGUUUGACAAAAUGUGGGACAAAAUUUGUAAAAUUUAUUGCUGUUGAUGAGAAUGAAACAAUAAACUUCGAUAAAACAACUGCUAAUUGGGUAACGUUUAAUCAAAGUCUAUCCAGUACUUUAUCGAAAUCCAUAAGCCAAACUGACACUGAUAACAAGGCCUCAGCUCAAACUAGACACUUCAAAACACCAAUUUUAGAUAUUGCCAAGAAAUAUGGUGCAACUGGCUAUUUAUUUAUAAGGGACCUACUAAACCUGCAGCCAAACAAACUGACCAAUACAUUUCUAUAUAAUAGUCGACCAAUAAAAAGAAUAGUCUUAUGUGCAAGAAUUACUUCAGUUCAAAUGAAAACUGAUUAUCAUUACCGAUUAAUUGUUGAUGAUGGAACAUCUGCUAUACUCUGCAUUGUGAAACAACAAGGAGGUGAACAAAAUAAUUCAGCAGAUAAAGAAGAAAUUGAAGUGAAUCCAACAUUAACCAAUUCCAACACAAAAAGUCUUAUCAAGCAAAUGGAGUUACAUGAGAAAAAGUUACGUAACCAAACAUUAACCACCUUCGACGAUAAAAGUCUUGGUGUUCCAGUUAUGAUUAUAGGAUUCCUGAAUGAAUUUGAUGGAAAAAAUUAUAUAUUUGCCUUAAAUAUCAGAAGAAUUGCUGUUGAUGAGAAUGAAACAAUAAACUUUGAUAAAACAACUGCUAAUUGGGUAACGUUCAAUCAAAGUCUAUCCAGUACUUUAUCAGAAUCUAUAAGCCAACCUGACACUGAUAACAAGGCCUCAGCUCAAACUAGACACUUCAAAACACCAAUUCUAGAUAUUGCCAAGCAAUAUGGUGCAACUGGCUAUUUAUUUGUAAUUCGACCAAUAAAAAGAAUAGUCUUAUGUGCCAGAAUUACUUCAGUUCAAAUGAAAACUGAUUAUCAUUACUGA